AUGAAGCCACUAAUUGACAUUGCACCCGACGUAGAUGGCUUAUACACGGAUUGGAAUAUAGAAAAGGCAGAGCCAAGGCAGGAACAAUUUGACCCCGAAAAAAAUUACGUGUUGCAUACAUCUGUCUUCAAGGGGCUCGUACUCAUAAUAAAUAAUGAUCGUUUCCAUGAGGCAAAAGAUCGUCCUGGAUCGGAGCUGGACUUGAUUAAUAUCCAACAUGUCUUCAGACGAAUCGGCUAUGAGCCUGUCAUCAUGACUAAUUUGUCUGCCAAUGAAAUUCGUAGCUUUCUGGACGAGUCUGUAAGCAGAAUAAAUCUAGAAGGACCCAUCUGUCACCCAUCGGUGGUUCUUGUUCUAAUGAGUCAUGGUGAGAAACGAGGCAUCUAUGGUACCGACUCAGAAGUUGUGGAAAUUCAGGAAAUCAAGUCUAAGUUUUCUGGAAGACAAUGCCCAGCUCUCAUCGGAAAACCAAAAAUCUUCUUUAUCCAGGCAUGUCGAGGACAAAUGCGCACGAAGAGUGCUCUUGACACUGAUGAUACUAGAAGACUUUCGACAAUCGAGAUGGUGAAUGAUCCCGACAUCGAUUCUUGUUCAUCAAGGAGACCGACCGACCAUGUACUAGAUGUUGAUGGCGAUGUUCCAGAUAACGCUGAUAUAUAUGUGGCCUACGCCACUUCCGAAGGUUAUUUUUCGAUCCGCGAUCAAGUGAAAGGUUCCUGGUUCAUACAGAGUUUGUGUGAGGAGUUGAUUGCCCACGUACAUAUUGACGAUCUUGAUACCAUCAUGAACGGGGUAACAAGGCGUGUUAUUGGCUUUACGCAUUCUGUAGUCGACGGCGAAGGAAAGAAGAAAAAGUGGUUACAAACUCCAGAUAUAUCCAAGCAAGGUAUCGGAAAGAAGAUUUACUUCAUGCCUAACUAUCCACCUCGUUCCGACGCUGCAUGCAGCUUGACUGACCAACCUCGUUCUGAUGCCGCGUGCAGCUUGACUCAACAACCCCGUUUCGAUGCUGAAUGUAGCUUGACUCAACAACCGGGCCCAUCGGGCCCAUCAUCAGAACAACAAGGCUGUAGUUACAUACAAAGCGAAUACAUUGUAGAUUGCCUCGUCAACCAUGCAUUGUCGGGAAAUAUAUAGAAUAUAGUGUAAAAUAGUUUUCUUUUUUGUCGAGCGGGGUGACACGAAACUAGUAGUUUCAAAUAGACGAUUGGUCGACUCGAUCUUUGUUUCUGUCGAAACCUUUGCACCAAAAAAAGACGGCGAAAAAGUACACAGAUAGCCUGAGCCGCCAGGCGAAUGUAUAAAUAAAGAUUUGUGAUGUAUAAACUAUUCAUUGUUGUAAUUAUUACAAGUAUGGUAAUGGGCAAAAGCUACACCGCUGUAUAUAGAUCUGACGAAAUAAAUGAAAUCGGUAAUAGUGAAUUGAAACUCUUAAGGAUCUUCAU